AUGAAUAGUCGCAAAUCUAUUCUAACAGCAAUUACAAGUGAUGAUGAUCGAAAUGCAGUUGUAGCAAAAGAUGAACAAAUUCGUCAACAUUUAUGUUCAGUUAACGAUUUACAUAAUGGACAAAUGAAAGAAUUCGAAAUAAAAACAGCACUCGUUGCGACGAGUAUUUUACUUAUUAGACAAAACGAUAAAUUUUAUGCUUAUUCAAGUAAAUGUUGUCAUUAUAAAUUACCAUUAGUAAAAGGCUCGUUAAUUAAUAAUCACCUUCGAUGUUUUGCACAUGGCGCCUGUUUUCGCGUCGAUACUGGUGAUAUUGAAGAUCAUCCAGGGCACGGACAUUUACCAAAAUAUGAUGUGGAAAUCGUCGAUAAUCAGGUUAUUUUUGUUGCAAAAGUUAAAGAUCUUGGAAAAUUUGAACGUUCGAAAAUACCUGCUAAUCUUGUCAUUGAAGCAAAACCAGUAGUGGCGAUUGUCGGAGCAGGAGCAGGUGGAUUUACAUGUGCCGAUAUGCUCCGUCAAGAUGGAUUUCGUGGCCGCAUUAUUUUAUUUUCCAACGAAGCAACAUUACCAUAUGAUCGUGUUCAAUUAUCCAAACAACCAGCUAAAAAUCCUCAAGAUUUAGUUCUUCGUGAUGAAACUUAUUUUAGCAAAGCCCAUAUUGAUUUGUUACUUCAUACCGAAGUAACAAACAUAAAUUGGUCUGACAAAAGCUUAACAUAUAAACCAUUAGAUAGGAGAGUCAAAUCUCAAGCAUACGACUACUUAGUAUUAGCGACUGGUUUACGGCCAAGAAAAUUACCCACAACAUUACCAGGUCAUAAUCUUAGCAAUAUAUUCUAUUUAAGAUCAUUAGACGAUGCUGGUUAUUUUGCUAAUACAGUAAAAUCAGUGGAUACGAAAAACAUCGUUAUUAUUGGUGAUUCAUUUAUUGCAUUAGAAUUGUGUGGAUGGUUAACAACAGGUUUAAAUGAAAAGAAGACUGUUUCAGUUGUUAUGCGUUCAAAAAUACCAAUGGCUCGUAUUUUUGGCCAACGAAUCGGUCAAGCUUUACAGAAAAUUCAUGAGAAAAAUGGCGCAGUAUUCUAUCCACAAGCGAAUGUGGCAAAAUUAACAGGCGAAAAUAAUCGUGUCAAAUUUGUACAAUUAGAAACCGGUGAUUUAAUUCCAUGUGAUCUUCUUAUAGUUGCAAUCGGUAGUGAAAUAUGUUCUGAGUUAUAUAAAAAUUCUCCCCUCGAAAUGACAAAUGAUGGUUUUAUCAAAGUUAAUGAACGUUUGGGAACAUCAGUUGAACGUGUGUUAGCAGUUGGAGAUAUAAGUAAAUACCCGUUGGCAAUAUUCAAUCUAGACUAUGUCAACUGUCAACAUUGGCAGAUGGCUUGUUCAACAGGUCAUCAAGCUGCCAAUACUAUCUUAAAUCAUUAUCAUGGUCAAACAGCAGCGACGUAUGAUUCAUUGAAAAGUGAUUUGUAUACAACACCUAUAUUUUGGUCAACACAAAAUAAUAAAACAAAUAUACGUUAUGCGGGUUAUACUCGUGAUCCGGAAAAUGUUAUAAUUCAUGGCGAUCUUGAUGAUGAAUUUAAAUUUGUAGCCUAUUAUAUUGUCGAUGGUUUUGUUCGAGCAGUUGCUCAGUCGAAAUAUGAACCAUUGACAAGUGAAGUCGCCGAAGUAUUUUAUUACAAGAAAAAUAUUCGAAAGGAAGACGUUGAAAAUGAUAUUUAUGGUUAUAGAAAAUAUCUUGAUUUUAAAACAAAAAGACCAGAAUAA